AUGAGCUUCCUCAAAGUAUUCAGUUUCGCAAGUUUCAUCGCAGCACAAACCCAGGCAGUUGUCGGCAUUGGUGCCCCGAUCCCUCCUAACCAGCUUACACGCGUGGCAUACAUCCCGUCCGGCACUGGGACAUCAUAUUCGUCGACAGCACUCCUAAUUCCUAUCGCAACUGUAUGUCCAGGUAACAACACAGUUGACACUCCUUUCCCAGCUGUGACUCUUCCUACAGUCGCUCUUAGCAAUGUCACAGAAUCGAUCGUUACCGCUACUGCCAUCAUGCCAAAUGGCAGUUCAACAACUUUCGCAAGUCGAAUGCGAAAAGAUGCACAACGCCCUGCAAGGCUUAUGACCGCAGCUGCUAGUAUGUUGCCAGACGGAUUUUCAGCACUGCCUCUUGGUAACGUUCCGGAUGAUGAAGGUCAACUGAUAGCUGGAGCGGAUGGUUGUCAGACUCUCUUCCUGCCUACAACGACCGCAGCCUGCUCAACUGUCAUUACACUUGUGGCAAUGCCUGCUGUCACGGUAACAGAUUGCAACCAGUACAUCACGUUCUCAAGCGAGACCUUGUUAAGCCGCGUGCAAACAUCCAUCAUACCCAUACCCAUACCGGCGAUAGAAGCCACCAAAUCUGGCUCCUUCACUACCCGUCCUUUCUCCAGAAAUGACACCUAUGAGGAUGCCACGACCACGUAUACCCUCGAUCCUGAAGAGGCCGCUACAGACAUGCCUUCAAAGCGGCAGAUUAUGAUAUCGAAGGGCAGACCCGCAAUGACUGACUUGGUUAUUGUAGCCCCUGCUGCACCAAUCCCGGUCGAGGAACCUGCAGUGAUGGAGUCGAUGUCGGAGAAAACAACUACAACCACCAUCAUGCCUCUCCCAGCAGCGCUAAAAGCCAAGUACAAGCGCGAGAACAUCGUACUGGCUCACCGUCACCAACGACGACUACAUGACCGCGAUAGUCGACCGUCUAGUUCAGCUAACAUCGAUGUCACGAACGGUACCAGCAGUCUUCGAGCCGGACUCAGCAAGUUCAACUCUGUUAAGCUUGCCAAUGUUGCGCAUUUCAGCCCGCCUCAACCAACAAAGUAUUAUGCUGCUCCUUGGCAGGAAAUUGCAGAAGGUGGAGUACCCACCACAGUCCUAGGAAUCACCUGUAAUGGAGGUCUACAACCGCUAGGCGAAUGUACAAUACCAGACACCGAUGGUGAUGCUGAAAACUGCGAAUGCAGCACUGUCACGGAGAAAUGGAGCGUCGCCACACUCACCGCUACACGAUAUGGGACUACCAUUGUCAGCUUCGAUGGCCCAGUAGCCGUGACUCUUGCCGAAGGAAGAAGCACUACCACCAGCAUCUCCUUCGUCGACACAAUCAGCACCACAGCCACGUUCCUGGUUGAGCAAGUGCGGCGCACUACCCUCACCACGCCAGGAGGCACAGUCACAGCGACCGCGACAGUCACACCCUCCGCUACAGUAAGCCUAUUCGAAGUCGACAGCGAGAGCACAACCGUCGAAGCUGCUGCACCACAAGAUCCGCCCAGUAUCCUUCCAGCUGACAUGGAGCCCACUACGAUCUAUGAAACGAGCUACGUUGCCACCGCCACCAUUACAGUCACGACAGAAGACAUGCCUACGGACAUGCCAGCUACCCCUCAAUUGGCUGAUGGCAGCCAGGGCAUAGAGAUCGUCGAUGUCCUAGCUGCGGCCAACAAGCAGAAACGAGAUGUGAAAUCUUGGCUCCUUCGUGCGUUUGAGAUGGACGCUGGGUCUGAGGCUGAGGAAGGCCCUGAGAAGCGUGAUGAGGUGUGGCCGUCGGAUGUUUGGCUUGCUCAUCUGUCGUCUCUACAGGAUACUGAUACUGCGUCUGGUGAGGAUGUUGCUGAUGAUGAGGACGGUAUUGUGGGAGACGAGGUUGUGGCUAUGGUCGAGGCGUGA